AUGGGGACCUCUAAUGGUUUUCUGAUUGCCAUUGCAAUCCCGCUGGAGAUACCGGGAAGAAACAUUUAUUUAUCGCAUAAUUUCGAAAUGAAUUAUGUUUUACCGUCGAAUGCUUCACAGUACCGGUUGUGGUAUACAAUGUUCAAAAAUUCUGCGUACAACGUUUCCGAAGCUAUCAACCGAAAGCGGAGAAUGGCAACUACUCCCAGAUUCGACCGGAGGUUCCUGUACGAAAUCAUAGCAGAGAGGAUGACUAUGUACGGAUAUAAUGGCACCGGAUGUAUACAUAAGGCCAUUUGUGAAACAUUGGAACUACCAGUGCAUCGUCAUAAUGGAGUGCUAGGGGAUCUCACCCAUAUCGUAUUUAGUCCAUCAUCGUCGGAGGAUGAAAGUAUUGCUCACUCGUACUACGAAGCAGAAGUUGACGGUGGCAAAUCGGAUUGCUCCAAAUACCAUCAGCACUGUCCAUUAGGAAUUUAUGAAUUGAUUUCGAAUGUUACUACCAUAUGA